AUGUCUGCAUACGGAGACUUUUAUCUCAUCUACUGGCCCACCAUCCCCGGUCGAGCCGAGCACAUCCGGCUCGCCCUCGAGCUGGUCGGCGCCACAUACAGCGACUCGGCGCACCAGGAAAACGGCAUGGAUUUCAUCUUCUCUCUGAUGCGAAACGAGAACAACAAGCUGGUGGCGGGCGUCGACUGCAGCACCUGCCCGCCCUACUAUGCGCCCCCGGCCCUGCGACACGGCGAUCUGCUGCUCAGCCAGACGCCCAACAUCCUCAUGUACCUGGCGGAGCAGUUCCCGGCGCAGCUCAUGCCGCAGGGCUGCAACAAGUGGGUCGUCAACGGACUCGUGCUGACGGCGCUCGACGGGCUCAGCAACGAGCCGCACGACUGCCACCACCCCAUCUCGUCGGGGCUGUACUACGAGGACCAAAAGACCGAGGCGCUGCGCAAGUCUCGCGAGUACGUCAAGGCCAGGCUGCCGCUGUUCCUCGACUACUUCCAGCGCGUGCUCGACUCCGAGUCCAGCGGCGACGGGCCGUGGCUUCACGGGGGCCGCCUGACGUGCGCCGAUCUGGUGCUCUUCCAGUGCCUGGACGGCGUCAUGUUCAUGUUCCCCAGGGCCAUGGCCAAGUUCAAGGAUUCGGGCAAACACGAUGGUCUGUGGCGGCUCUACGAGGCGGUCAGGGAGACGGGGCCGAUCAAGAAGUAUCUGGGGAGCGGGAAGAGGCAGAAGUAUUCGAAUGGCAUCUAUCGCUACUAUGAGGACUUGGAUCUUGUCGAGUAA